AUGUAUAAGAGGGAAAAUGGUUUCAAGCCCUGGCUGCUUGACACUAAAUUUGACGCUUGUCGUUUCAUGAGACGACAGUAUGAUCCCUUUGCCAAAUUAGUCUACAGUUUCUUUCAACCGUUUACCAAUAUAAACCACACGUGUCCUUUUGAGGGACCACAGAUUCUUCAAGGAUUUUACCUGAAGCCCGAACUCUUACUUCUUCCAUUUCCAACUGGCCAAUAUAUGCUGGCCAUAAGAUGGUAUUUUGACAAGAAACUGCAGUUCGACACAAACGUGGCGGUCGUUUUCAAGAUGACCAACUUUGAGUGUGCGAGCUAUAAUAAAUCGUGGUUCGUUUUCCAUAAUUAUCGUCUGAAAGCCUUAAGUCGAGACAAGGUUAUACUUAACAUGAACGGAACAAUUCUGCAACCAGCUUAUCGUAUACAAGCUCAUUUUAAAAUUUAUAAAAGGGAAAAUGGUUUCAAGCCCUGGCUGCUUGACUCCAAAAUCGACGCUUGUCGUUUUAUGAGAAGAAAGUAUGACCAUUUCGUCAAAAUAGUCUACAGUCUCUUUGAACCAUUUAGCAAUAUUAACCACACCUGUCCUUAUGUGGGACCACAGAUUGUUGAAGGGUUUUACCUGAAGCCCGAAUUGUUACUUCUUCCGUUUCCAACUGGCCAGUAUAUGUUGGCCAUAAGAUGGUAUUUUGACAAGAAACUGCAGUUCGACACAAACGUCAGCUUUUUGUUUGUAGAAGAUUUUGGAAAAUCCAGAUGAACAUAUUUUUUAGAUAAUAUUUUAAAUG